AUGUCAUUUACAUCACAACCAUCACGGCCCCUCCCCUCUACACCACCAUCACAGCCCCUCCCCCACACCACCAUCACAGUCCCUCCCCCUACACCACCAUCACAGCCAGUCCCCUCUACACCACCAUCACAGCCCCUCCCCCACACCACCAUCACAGUCCCUCCCCCCUACACCACCAUCACAGCCCCUCCCCCCUACACCACCAUCACAGCCCCUCCCCCUACACCACCAUCACAGCCCCUCCCUCUACACCACCAUCACAGUCCCUCCCCCUACACCACCAUCACAGCCCCUCCCCCUACACCACCAUCACAGCCCCUCCCCCUCUACACCACCAUCACAGCCUCUCCCCCUACACCACCAUCACAGCCCCUCCCUCUACACCACCAUCACAGCCCCUCCCCCUACACCACCAUCACAGCCCCUUCCUCUACACCACAUCACAGCCCCUCCCCCUACACCACAUCACAGCCCCUCCCCCUACAUCACCAUCACAGCCCCUCCCUCUACACAACCAUCACAGCCCCUCCCUCUACACCACCAUCACAGCCCCUCCCUCUACACCACCAUCACAGCCCCCCUCCCCCUACACCACCAUCACAGUCCCCUCCCCCUUCACCCACCAUCACAGUCCCUCCCCCUACACCACCAUCACAGCCCCUCCCCUACACCACAUCACAGCCCCUCCCCCUACAUCACCAUCACAGCCCCUCCCCCCUACAUCACCAUCACAGCCCCUCCCCCUACAUCACCAUCACAGCCCCCUCCCCUACACCACCACAGUCCCUCCCCCUACACCACCAUCACAGCCCCUCCCCCUACACCACCAUCACAGCCCCUCCCCCUACACCACCAUCACAGCCCCUCCCCUCUACAUCACCAUCACAGCCUCUCCCCCUACAUCACCACCACAGUCCCUCCCCCUACACCACAUCACAGUCCCUCCCCCUUACACCACCAUCACAGCCCCUCCCCCUACACCACCAUCACAGCCCCUCCCCCUACACCACCCACCACAGUCCCUCCCCCUACACCACCAUCACAGCCCCUCCCCCUACACCACCAUCACAGCCCCUCCCCCUACACCACCAUCACAGCCCCUCCCCCUACACCACAUCACAGCCCCUCCCCCUACAUCACCAUCACAGCCCCUCCCUCUACACAACCAUCACAGCCCCCCUCCCCCUACAUCACCAUCACAGCCCCUCCCCCUACACCACCACAGUCCCUCCCCCUACACCACCAUCACAGCCCCUCCCCCCACACCACCAUCACAGCCCCUCUCCCUACACCACCAUCACAGCCCCCCUCCCCCUACACCAUCAUCACAGCCCCUCUCCCUACACCACCAUCACAGCCCCCCUCCCCCUACACCAUCAUCACAGCCCCUCUCCCUACACCACCAUCACAGCCCCCCUCCCCCCUACACCAUCAUCACAGCCCCUCCCUCUACACCACCAUCACAGCCCCUCCCCUCUACACCACCAUCACAGCCCCUCCCCCUUCACCACCAUAACCUAG